AUACUUUUCCCUCCUGGAUCAACCAUUGCUGACCUGCGUCAGGCCAAGCAUGAUGGACCGUUGCAGACUAUAUCGUCACCUUCUCGAUGUCGGUUGGCAUCUCGCCGUAGUUUCCGGCACGCCUCAAAGUGCAAGAAGCUGCUGUUGAAGUCGCAGAUCCUUCCGGACCACAGCCAGCCGUACUCUAUGCGAGCCUAUGCUAGCGACUUUAUUCCCCUUUGCAUGCUGAGGGAUGGCAGGGGAGGCACACGGCCGACCAUGCCGGUUGGCGAGGAUUCUCUAAAGUUCUAUCUUACCUUGCGGAAUCCGAGAUCGGAACCGAUCGAA